UCCCCCCCCCUCCCCGACGGUCCACCUGCAGCCAGACGAGGAAACGCAGAGACGCCUUCGUGCUAGUUUCGGACGACCCAGCCGGGGAUGCCCCCUUCCUGCCCUGAGACCCUCCCGAGACGGUGCCCCAAAAACACCCGAGUCCGGGGUUCGGCAUCGUGUCUGCCGGUCAAGGGUGGGCGGUCGAAACAGAGAAAGCCUGCAGUGUUAAAAGGAAUUGAUUUGGGCCCCUGCAUGACCAAAUGGACAGUGGAUUACCUCAGUCAAGUAACAGGAAAUAAAGAAGUAAAGGUUCAUGUGUCCACUGUGCCACAGAUGGAUUUCCUCAAAAAGAAUUUUGUAUAUAGAACAUUGCCUUUUGACGUAUUUGUGAGAAGAGCAGCUGAAGCCAAACAUGCAGAGUUCUUUAUUUCAGAGGAUGAGAAAUACUAUUUGCGAUCCCUGGGAGAAGACCCACGAAAGGAUAUUGCGGAUCUCAGGAAACAGUUUCCUCUGCUGGCAGAUGAUAUUCGGAUUCCAGAAUAUUUUAAAAAAGAGCAACUCUUUUCUACUGUCUUCCGCAUAAGCUCAGCAGGAUUGCAGCUUUGGACACAUUAUGAUGUAGGUAACCACUUUUCCCUAAAAUUAUUACAGGAAAAAUUGAGGGUCAUUUUGUACACAGAAAAACAGUAAUGUCAGCUGUGCCUUGGCUCUUCAUUAGGCACAAAAUCAGAGGUGCUAGAUGUGGACAUGCCAGAUUUGAAGAAAUAUCCUCUGUUCAUCAGGGCCAGACGUUAUGAAUGCCAGCUGGAAGCAGGAGAUGUCUUGUUUAUUCCAGCUUUGUGGUUCCAUAAUGUGAUUUCUGAGGAAUUUGGAGUUGGAGUCAAUGUUUUCUGGAAACAUCUUCCUUCUGAUUGUUACGAUAAGACGGACACUUAUGGAAACAAAGAUCUUGCUGCAGCCUCAAGAGCAGUACAGAUUUUGGACAGAGCGUUGAAAACUCUGGAAGAACUCCCUGAGGAAUACAGAGACUUUUAUGGCCGGAGGAUGGUUUUACGCAUCCAACAGAAAACAUAUAGCAGCAAUUAUGAAUAAAGAACAGCUUCAGUAUUA